CCCUGAAAACAUUACAUUCAUUCAAAUUUUUGUAUUUUCAAACAGAAAAUUAGGGUUAACUUCUUCAAUCUCCCCGUUCUUUCUCCCCUUUUCUUUCACUUUCUGUCACUAGUUUUAAUUCAAAUCUACUAAUCGCUUUAUUUUUCAUCCACUUCCCCCCCCCCCAUUUCUACUUCCAAUUUUAAAAUUAGGGUUUUGUUGAUGUCUGCAUCUACAGUUUCUGUUACUGCAAAUUCUCGUCGACGACCAUCAGCGGUUUCCGACAUGAAGCAAAGCAUUGACAUAGUGAAUGCUACUACGAUUUCUCCAAAUUUAGAUAAGAGUAUUGUAGGUAAUGGAGAAAAUGAUAAAGUAAUGAGUGAGAACAAAGAUCUGAGUCAUUCUAGUAGAGGAGAAGCAGUUCUUGAAAGAUCUAAAGAUAAGAAGUCAUCUCAAUUGCUGAAUUCGAAUGGUCCUAUUCGGACACGAAAUCGAAAGGCUGCAACUGGUUUAACUAAAUCUCCAAAACCCAGAUGGAUGACGUUGUUGAGUAUAUUAAUUAAGAAUUUAUUGUUGUUGAUUGUUUUAGGAGGGUUGGUUCAAAUGGUUAGGAAAUUGGUGAUUAAUUCCGGGAAUCUGGGUGAUCCUGGUAAUCUGGCGGAGUUUUCUGAAAUGGAACGCAGAAUUGCAGAGGUGGAAUAUUCGCUUAAAAAAACUACUAAUAUGUUGCAGGUACAAGUUGAGGUUGUUGAUACGAAGUUCGAGAGUGAAGUUGGGAAUUUGAGGAGAGAAAUGAAUAGGAGAAUUGAGGAUAAAAGUGGAGAAUUCAAUGCUCAAUUGGAGAAAUUAAAUGAGAGAAUUGGGGAUUUAGAGUUGCGUUUGGAUGAAUUGAAAUUGAAAGGAUUCUUGACUAAAGAUGAUGUGAUGAAUAUGUAUGGUGAGUUGAAGAGCAGUAAAAAUGGUGGAAGUGUUGGGUUGAAUUAUGAUGAUAUUAGGAAUUUGGCUAGGGAUGUGGUGGAGAAAGAAAUUAAGAAACACGCUGCAGACGGGCUUGGGAGAGUAGAUUAUGCUUUGGCUAGUGCUGGCUCUAAGGUUGUAGAUCAUUCAGAACCAUUAGAUGGUUGGAAGAUGGCUGGUUUGUUUUCUGGAAAUAGUAAGAAUAGGGUUCAUAGUAAAGCGAAUAAAAUGUUGAUGCCUAGCUUUGGACAGCCUGGGGAGUGUUUCCCAUUGAAGGGUAGUAGUGGUUUUGUCAAAAUUCGGCUAAGGAGUGCUAUUGUUCCUGAGGCCAUUACGCUUGAACAUGUUGCUGAGAGUGUGGCUUACGACCGUUCGAGUGCUCCUAAACACUGCCAGGUCUACGGUUAUCUACAAGGGAAACAAGGUCUUGAGACUUCACCCGUAGAGCUUGAGAAGAAGUUUCUCCUGACAGACUUUACAUACGAUUUGGACAAGAGCAAUGCACAGACGUUCAAUGUGCUCGAGGAGGUAAGGUCUUCCAUAAUCGACACCGUCAUCUUUGAAUUCAAAUCCAAUCAUGGAAGUCCAGUAUUUACAUGCAUAUAUCGAGUAAGAGUGCACGGACAUGAGCCAAAGUCAGUCCCGGUGGUUCCCAUUGAAUCUUGAGCUUGCAGUUGGAUCAUAUGUUUAGUCGGUUGUUCCUCGAGUCAGUCUUUUCCAAUGUAGUCUUGUACUAUGUUAUUUGAUCACUGUAAUGGUAGCAGCUCUUUGGGGUCGUGGAACAUUAUAUGAUGUAAUGUCAAAUGUGAUUAUACUUGUAUUUCCAUGUAGAAUUGUACUCAUUUGUUUUCAUAAUACCUCUCUGUUUUCUAAAAUUCUUAAUGUUAAGAAUAUUUUAUUUUGGAGAGAGAAAUUUUAUUAAGGUUUUAAAGAUAUAUAUAGAUAUAAAAUAUAAUCA